AUGGCCGACGCGCCGGCGAGCCCCGCGACCGCCAGUGAGAGCCAAGUUGGCGGCAGCCCCACGGCUGAUGGCGUCAAGGAGCGGGAUGGGUUUCUGCCCGUUGCUGACAUCAGCCGCAUCAUGAGGAAGGCCAUCCCGCCCAACGGGAAGAUCGACAAGGGCGCCAUUGAGGCGGUGCAGGAGUUUGUCUCUGAGUUCGUCUCCUUCAUAACCAGCGAGGUGAGCGACAAAUGCAGAAGGGAGAAGCGGAAGACCAUGACCGGCGACGACCUGCUGUGGGCGAUGGCAACAUUGGGGUUUGAGGAUUACAUGGAACCCCUCAUACUCUACCUGCACAAGUACAGGGAGGUGCGUGCGUGCUCAUUUGGAUGUUCUGGUAAACUGUCGAAACUGGUUCCUGUCUGGGUGACUUCAAUGUGACCCAGUCCCUUCCACUGGAUGGAAUUUUAGUUUUAAGUUCUCAUCAGCUCUAAGUGGUUGAGUUGGGUUAUCAUGUAUCUAGACACGUUCUAAUGUGGGUUGGUGAUUUAUCAUCAUUCGUCUGUUUAACUGUUCUAGCCAUAGUUGAACGAAAUGUGGGUCCGUGUUGCUGCAUCCCAUGACCUGGUUGAUCCCAAUCGAGAGUUGGGAUCAAUCAGGGGUUGAGCUGGGUUGGCAUGCAUGAUGACCAUGGUUUGGGAUCACCCAGGGGUCAAGCAUGAUACUUUUAUUGAAGUGUUUUCUUGAACCGGAGACAUAAGGAGUACAUUCCCUUGUCGUGGGAGGAGGAGGCUCAUACACGGUUAGAGGGGUACCUAACUCGCCAGUACAAACCAACACACUAAGGACACCCCUCAUCGGCAACGGCAGGAAAAAGGCCACUGUUAAAAAUAUUUGCCCGUAGCCGAAGAGGCUUUCCUGGAAUGAGCCUUGACUGGGCUAUUGACAUCAGCAACAUACAUUUGUCAAUGUCUUCCAGCAAUGUGGUGGAUCGCCACCCUCUAUGGUAAAGGACAUUUCUGUCUUGCCAUAAUUUGCAUCCCAAAAGCCCACCACUCUAGCCUAUAGAAC